AAAAAUUCAUAGAACAUCAUCGCAAGCCAAGCCAAGAACAACCCAAUCCGAAUAUUACUAAUAUCUUUUCAUUGUGUAUUUUCUUUAAAAAAGAUCUACAAAGAUCUGAGGAUUUUCUCAAUCAUUUGGAUUACGGAAUCAAAAGAAAUUUUCCUCAUUAAUUUUCAUCACAUUAAAAUACAAAAAACUUUUAGAAUUUAGUAAUAGUGAUAGAUUUAUUAGUAAAAUAGAGAGAGAAAGAAGAGGAGAAUAUGAUAAAUUCAUCAUCAUCAUCAUUAGGUCGUUCCGAAGAAACAAAAACACCAACGAAGGAAAAUUCAAUUUUUCGACCAACACCCAAACUUACUUCCAUCGAUUUUACUUGUUUAUAUCCUAGUUCGGCUUCAAAAGUAGCAGCUGCUGUAUCGAGGUCGUAUGAUUCAUCAUCAUCUGAAUCCUCUCCCUUGUUGAGGUCGUUUAGUUUUCCAUCCAUUUCGUCACUUGCUUCACCAUCAGCAAAAUCAAAGGCUUCUAAAAAACCAAACAGUACUUUUGGAUUGGUAAAUGGUAAUGAUCAUCAUCUUUAUAUAAUAGAAGGAACAGGUGGUGGAGCAGAUGAUGGUGGUGGUGGUGGAGGAGGAGGAACUGCAGCUUCCAAAUCAUCAUACUUUGUUACGGAAUCACUUUUGCAGGAGAGAGUUAAAUUCAUAAAGGAGAGAAUGCUUCUGUUGGUAGAUUUAUCAGGAGUUACUCUACGAAGUCUUCAAGAUGUUAAUACAGUACAGCAAGUAUUGCAGGAAAGUAUUGGAUCUCAUAUGAGAACAAUUUUACAAACAGCACAAAAACAUCGAAAGGAUAAGAAUGGAAAACUCUACUUUCCAGCCACUUCAUCUUCAUCAUCACUGAGACAACAGCAACAAUAUCAGAUGGAUUGUUUUGUUUGUUAUGAUAAUUUUACAUAUUACAAUUCAGAGUUGUGGUCUAAAUUUCAAAACACGAUGGAAUAUCUGCAACAACAAUUUAACUUUAGAACAUUUGAGGAAUUUACUUGUAGAACACAAUUUGAGGAUCACAUUGUUGAAACGACAAAUAUUAUGGAUAGUAGUCAUUUGGCUGAAUCACACACUUUUAGUCGAUCUCUUUCACCACCAAAAUCAACAUAUUUCCAACCAUCUUCUCCCAAUAGUACAACAACUUGCUCAUCCAGUUUUGGAAAUAUCACGUCAUAUUCAAUGAGUAGUGUGCUCCCUUCCCCAAGUGAAAGUACUGCUCAAUUUGAUGCUGCUCAGCAAGAACCUAUUGUGGUGAAGAAUGUCAUUGAAUACUGCUUGAGAUAUAGUAGUCCACCAACACCUAAGUCAAGCAAUCAUAUUGUGGAUGAAAAGAAUUUAAAACCUGCCGAUAUUUACAUGAUCAUUAAUGAACAAUUUGAACUUUAUAGAAUUUUGAGUAAAGGGACCUAUGGUACAGUUUACAAGGGAUUGGAUAAAGUGACUGGAAAGAAUGUUGCUGUGAAAGAGUUGGAUCUUGAAAUGAUGGAUAAAAUUGGAGCAAUAGAAUUUGCCCAAAGAGAAACAUUUGUUUAUAUUGUGACUGAGUUUUGUGAGAAUGGAGCUCUGGAGAAUCCACUCGAAGAGCACGAGCAACACAAUGAAGACGAUGUACAGAGAUAUUUCGUACAAAUGGUAAUGGCCAUUGAUCACAUGCAUAAUGUUUUGUCAAUUUUGCACAGAGAUUUAACAUUAUCCAAUGUGUGUUUGGAUGCUGAUAGAAAUGUCAAAAUUGUUGAUUUUGGUUUGUCAGAUAAAUUCGAGAAGGGCAAGAAAUAUCACAGAUUAUUUGUUGGUAAUGGUGCUUAUUGCUGUCCAGAAUUAUUGCUCAAAAAGUGUUAUGCAGAGGAAAUUGAUAUAUACGCUUUGGGUGUUGUACUUUACAAGCUGCUCACUGGUUUUUUGCCUUUCAAGACAGCUAAGGAAAAAUUUGAAAUGAACUAUUACAUUCCACUUGAGGAAGAGGAAGGAAUUUCGGAAAAGACCAAAUAUGUAAUUGAACAUUUAUUGGAAGUCAACUCGGCCAAUAGAUGGACAUUGGAGGAUGUCAUGCAGAGCGAUUGGUUUUUGGAUGGCUACAAGAAAUGGAUAACGAAGAAGUAA